AUGCCCCCAGUGCCCCCCAGUGUCCCCCGUCCCCCCCAGUUCCCCCCAGGGCCCCCCUGGGGAUCCCCGAACCCCCCCCGGGCCCCCCCAGCCUCGCCCACCCCCCGUGUGCCGCAGACCCCCCAGGACUACGAGGCCGUGCCCGUGGGGCAGUUCGGGCUGGCCAUGCUGCGGGGGAUGGGCUGGAGCCAGGGCCAGGGCAUCGGCCGCACCUUCCCCAGGGUGGUGCCCCCCCUGGAGCACCGGCCGCGCCCGCGGGGGCUGGGGCUGGGGGCCGAGGCCGCCCCCCCCGGCGCCCCCCGGCCCGGGGAGCCCCCCCAGGGCCCGGCCGUGGGAGACGCCGUGAGCAUCGAGGCCGGGCCCCACCGCGGCCUGCAGGGCAAGGUGCAGGCGCUGGAUCCCGAGACCGGGCGGGCGCUGCUGCGGCUGCAGCUGGGGGGGCAGGUGGUGGCCGUGCCCCUGCACGGAGUGCGGCCCCUGCCCGCGGGUGAGUGUCCCAGUACGGACCAGUAACCCCCAGUAUGGACCAGUAACCCCAGUAACCUCCCAGUACUCCCAGUAAUCUUCCAGGGUGUCCCAGUG